AUGCAAACUCUCUGGCUGAGGCUGAGACUUUUCAAUUCCGAUACCAAGUCUCUUGUUAGACUUUCAUCCUAUCUAUAUUCUUCUUCUUGUUCUCCGCCACCGUUGAAUCUUACCUCACUAUCAUCACCGCUUCCUGCUUCCUCUACCUAUACCAACUUGUUCACCUCCCCUUGGUCUUCCUCUCAAUGUCGGGGAAUCAAAGUAUCUGGUUCUGAUAUUAGAGUCGGAAAUAUCAUUGGAAAACAAGGUUUCUUUGCUUUGGGGUUAUUGAAUUUUACUCAGUGGAUUCAAAUUGACAUGGCGCAUUUACGAGGUAAGGAAUGUGAAGUAGUAAUGGUCAUUGUGUCUUGGAAAGCUGGUUUUUGCACAUUUUCUGCACUCUCUUCAAGAUAUAUCUUAACACACAGAACCAUCUCCUUGUUGCACAAUACAGUGGAACUGCGUGACAUUGGCCAGGGAAACAAGGUAACACAAAGAAUGGGUACCGAUGAUGAUAUUGAAAGGGUCUAUGUUCAAGAAAAGACUUUCAUGUUUAUGUGCAUGGAUAGUGAUGGAACGGUAGUAUUGAUGGACCCUGACACACUGGAUCAAAUCGAAGUUUCCAAGGACUUGUUCAACAAGGACUUUGUAUAUCUACGAGAUAAAAUGAAAGUUAAGGUACAAUUUUAUGAUGACAAACCUUUAUCCGCUUCAGUUCCAAAACGUGUAACAUGUAUUGUCAAGGAAGCCAUUGCAGCCACCCCAAGGUAUGUGCUUAAAGAAUAUUCUUUAUAUUCAUAUUGUCUUACAUAA